AUGUAUUCUCGCUCCAUAUAUGUGGGCGCUGCCGCAGCCUCGCUGGUAUCAGGCGUGAAUGCCGGAAUGAGAUACAUGUUCUAUUUUGAUAAAAAUCAUUUAACGGCUCUCCCUGACCACAAGGCCACUCACUUAUCGACCCAUGCGAUUCUUGGCCACGAGGAUCCUAGUCUCUAUUCCCGGGAGAUAUUCAAGCCACAACAGCCUUUCAUCUCUCACGGGAAGGUUCGCGAUCUAUUCGAGGAACCCGUGAAAGUAUGCCUCUCCAUCGGCGGCCGGGACAGCGCCCAAAUCUUCUGGGAAUCUUCCAGUAGUGAACAUAAUCGCACGAUCUUCGCGCAAAAUGUUCAGACGGCAGUGGAUACUUAUGGAUAUGACUGCGUUGAAAUUUCUUGGUCGCACCCAGGCGGCAAUGGCGACGACUUCAACUUGCUGCCUAUCGCUGGUAAAGAGUCUGCCCGUGAUAAUCUGCCCAACUUUCUGAAGGAAAUCAAAAAGGCAACCAAGAAAGAGUUGUCUAUCGUGGUGCCGGGAAAGGAAGGCGACAUGGCCGCGUUUGACCACAAGACCAUGAGCAAGAUUGCAAAAAUCGUUGACCACGUAACGGUCAAAUCUUUCGACCUCGCCGACCUGCGCGACACGGCGACCAACCAUAGUGCCGGUUUCAAAGCUGUCGGCGAGUCUCUCGGUCGUUACUUGGAUUUGGGGGUUCCCUCAGUCAAGCUCAACAUGGCAUUCUCUUACUAUGCCACAUGGAGGCGGGUGGACCCAGGACCGUUAUGUCUGACUCCUACUAUCUGUCCCAUCACCCAGAAGGGUAACUACGCAGAUAACAUGGGUUUCGUGACUUUCGAGAAACAGAAUUUCGAACCGAACCCCACCGACAUCGACCCCGUCAUUGCCAGGUCAUUCCAGAGGGCGAUGAAAGAAGGCCACAUCGACUUGGACCUUGGCGGCUGGUGGUGGUGGGAUCAGGAGAACAGCCUGUUUUGGUCGUGGGACACGGCGGACAUCAUCUACAACAAGUGCUUGGAAUACGUUCCGAAGCUGGGACUGGGAGGCUUGGCGUCGUACACGGCGCCCAUGGACAGCAAAGACUGGCGAAGGAUGAUCAAAACGGCAUCGGGCGUCGCGUGGAUUCCUGGUGAGUUUUUCGACGACUUAGAGCAACAGCUGGCGGAAGCUGAAAAGUCCGAACGAGCUCGCGACGAGCUGUAA